AUGGCCGCCGGCGGCGGAGCCACAACGGGCACCACCACCCGGAGAAAGAGAAGAAAGAACGCUAAAACCAAGUACAAAUCCAAGAAAAUAAACAUUUGUUCAGUGAAAUUGGAACCGGAAGAACCUCAUUUCCAGAUCCACCAUCCCGAUUCCGGCGAAGACGUAUCCAACCUCGUCCCUCAGCUCAUCACCGCCGCGCACGGCGCACUGUCAUUCCUCCGCCGCCACGACCUCCACCUCCUACCUUCCCAAUCUCUUUCCCUCGAGAAUCUCUUAGCUUCCACUUCAACAUCUUUCCCUAAACUCCUCUCUCUUCUCUCUUUCUCCCCCCAAUCAAUACCUCCGCCACCGCCGGUUGCUCCUCCGCCGCCGCAACCGUGUUGGUUCGAUCGGUUCCUUUCUUCCGCCGACGAUGACCAUGACUCCAGGUGGGCCCAUUUCUUCAACCUCUCCAAACCUUCUUUCACUCUCCUCCUCCGCCUCCUCACUCCAUCUCUCACUUCCCUCUCUCCUCUUCUUCCUCUGAACUUUGCUCUGGCUGCUACCCUUCUCCGGCUAGCUCACGCCGCCUCUUUCUCCGCCGUCUCCCGCCGAUUUAACAUCGACCCCGCCACAGCUUGCCGCGCGUUCUACACGGUCUGCAAAGCCAUUAACGAGAGGCUCGGGCAUCUGUUCGAAUUGAAGUCGGAUAUUAAUCGAAUUGUGGUGGGAUUUGGGUGGAUUUCUCUGCCCAAUUGCUGUGGUGUUCUGGGGUUCGAGAAGUUCCGACUGGACGGUUCUCUAUUAGGUAAAGAAGAGUUCUUGAUAGCUCAAGCUCUUGUGGAUUCUGAAGGUAGAUUUUUGGACGUUUCAGCUGGCUGGCCGAGUAAUGUGAGCCCGGAAAAUAUCCUUCGGAAAUCGAAGCUUUUCGCGGGUAUAGAGGAAUCCAAAGAGUACUUGAAUGGACCAUCGUUUGAAAUCAGUGAUAGAAAUUCAAUCCCACAAUACAUUCUAGGAGAGUCCUGUUUCCCAAUCAUGCCUUGGCUUUUAACUCCUUACAGAGACUUUGAUGAACAUCAGGAGUUGAAUUCUUCCAAGACAGCAUUUAACAAGGUGCAUGAGGUCGGAGUUCAGCUGGUGAGGAAGGCGUUUUGGAAGCUGAGAAAAAGAUGGAAACUUGUGACGGAGAAAUGGAAUGAAGAGUGCAUUGAGGCUUUUCCUUUUAUCAUAGUAGCUUGUUGUCUGCUGCAGAAUUUCCUGAUCAAAUGCAGCGAGCCAGUGCAAGUGCAAGUCGAGGAUGUGGAUUUUUCAAGAGAUGAAGAGUUUCCAGUAUUUGAUGGAGAUGGAGAUGAGACUGGACAGAAGAUCAGGGAUGCUCUUGCAUCCCAUCUCAAUAGAGUUAAUCAGAGACGAUGA